GAGAGAGGAGGGAUUCCUGGAGAUAGCUGCAGAGUGGUGAUGCUCCAAGUCCCUCUCCAGCCUCCUCCUUCUCCUCCUUCCCUCCCUGCCGUUGGUAGAGGCUAAAACUUCACCCCCAACACAAAGCCAGGGGGAAAGGAGGGACACAGACACACACAAUCACACAGAGCAAAGGGAGGGCAGCCCUGGUGGAGGGGAGGAAAAGACUCUCAACCCAGGGACCAGGGCGCGCGCGCUUGAGCCAUGGAGGCGCGCCGCCUGUGAGAGGAAGGUGCGCCCUCACCACACUCCUCCUCCUCCUCCUCCUCCUUAUUUGUUCUCGGAGUCUCCCAUCCCAGGAGUGGCAGGGAGGAGAGAGAGGGAGAGGGAGCCCUGAAGGACGGAGGGGGGAGUCUCGGCUUGGCAGAUAAAAGAACCUGCACAGCAAAGAUUCCAAAUCUAGAUUGAUUCAGCCAUCAUUUGAACUUUCCUUGUGAUGCGAAUACAGUAUUGAUGCCAUUCAUAUAAGAAUCGUGCAUUUUUCAUAGGAAAAAGAGAGAGAGAGAAUAUAAUUGAAUCCACAUUGUCAACGCCUUGGUUUCCCUUGGUUCUAAAAUGGCAAAAGAAAGUCAACAUCAGGCCCUUGCAGCCCUGCCAGGCACCACUGCAAUAGUAAAUAAUGUCACAGAACCAUCAAUUCCUGGAGGGAAAGGGGGCGCAAAAGAAGAUGCAUUUUCAAAGCUAAAGGAGAAAUUUAUGAAUGAACUGAACAAAAUUCCACUGCCACCUUGGGCCUUAAUAGCCAUAGCCAUAGUUGCAAUCCUAUUAGUCCUUACCUGCUGCUUCUGUCUGUGUAAGAAAUGCUUGUUCAAAAAGAAAAACAAGAAGAAGGGCAAGGAAAAGGGAGGAAAGAAUGCGAUUAACAUGAAAGAUGUAAAAGAUUUAGGCAAGAACCUGAAAGAUCAGGCCCUUAAGGAUGAUGAUGCUGAAACUGGGUUGACUGAUGGAGAAGAUAAGGAAGAAGCCAAAGAAGAGGAGAAAUUAGGGAAAAUCCAGUAUUCUUUGGAUUACGACUUUCAAAACAAUCAGCUUCUAGUGGGGAUUAUUCAGGCUGCUGAGCUGCCUGCUUUAGAUAUGGGCGGCACAUCUGAUCCCUAUGUGAAAGUUUUUCUCCUUCCUGAUAAGAAGAAGAAAUAUGAAACAAAAGUUCACAGGAAGACACUUAACCCUGUUUUCAAUGAGCAAUUUACAUUCAAGGUGCCGUAUUCUGAACUAGGAGGAAAAACCUUAGUGAUGGCAGUAUAUGACUUUGAUCGCUUUUCCAAACAUGAUAUAAUUGGCGAGUAUAAAGUGGCCAUGAACACUGUGGAUUUUGGUCAUGUGACUGAGGAAUGGCGGGAUUUGCAAAGUGCUGAAAAAGAAGAGCAAGAGAAGUUAGGUGACAUCUGUUUCUCCCUUCGCUAUGUGCCUACUGCUGGCAAGCUGACUGUUGUCAUCCUAGAAGCAAAGAAUCUGAAGAAGAUGGAUGUAGGAGGUUUAUCAGAUCCCUACGUGAAGAUUCAUCUGAUGCAGAAUGGGAAACGGCUGAAGAAGAAGAAGACAACAAUUAAGAAGAACACUCUGAAUCCCUAUUACAAUGAGUCUUUCAGCUUUGAAGUACCGUUUGAGCAAAUCCAGAAAGUGCAAGUUGUUGUGACUGUUUUGGACUAUGACAAGAUUGGCAAGAAUGAUGCCAUUGGCAAAGUGUUUGUGGGCUACAACAGCACUGGCGCGGAGCUGCGACAUUGGUCAGACAUGUUGGCCAACCCAAGGCGACCCAUUGCACAGUGGCACACCUUACAGCAAGAGGAAGAGGUAGACGCCAUGCUUGCAGUCAAGAAGUAAAAAAAAGAAAAAGAAAUGAGAAAAGAAGCCUUUCUGCAUUUGCCCAUAUAGUGCUCUUUAGCCAGUAUCUGUAAAUACCUCAGUAAUAUGGGUCCUUUUAUUUCCAGCCAUGCAUCCCUAACACAGAUCAGUGGUACUUCAAAUCUUGUUUUAAUUUGCACAACUUUAAAUGUAGAAAGCCCUAUAAGGCCCUCCAUCUCACCACUGCCCUCAGAUCUACUUCUUCUUUUAAGCAAUAUGUGUAGAUAGAGCAUGACAGAAAUUAUUUAUUGUAUCACACAGUUGUACAUACCAGUAUGCUAAAAAUUUAUUUCUAGUCCGUUUCUUUGUAUGUUGUAAGCGUUUCCUAAUCUGUGUAUAUCUAGAUGUUUUUAAUAAGAUGUUAUAUUUUAAAUUAUGUAAAUUGAUUGAGAUAUAGGAGAGCUGAUACUAUAUUAUAGGGUAACUAUUGUAUCGUCUGCAUUCCAGAAAAAAAAAUUCCAACUUGUAAGGCACUAGUAGUGUUACACUGACAUCUUAAAGGACAACUUAAAUCUGAGCUUUCAACUGAACCAUUACAAUACCAAGUUAUGCUCACACGGCACUCCUUUAAGGGGUGAAACCCAUUGGUAGUCUUUUCUCAUGGGCAACUUAGCAUGAUCUGAGCAGCUCCACAGCUGACCUCAAGGAAGCGUAGCCAGAAGCUGGUAUGUUGUGGGUUUUUUCCUAUGUGUGUAUGGGUGUGUGGGGGGGUGUAUAAUAACAAACUAAAAUCAUGGCUUUACACUUAGACAUUGAAGGCACAAUUCCUUGGGGUGGGGGAGAGGGAGCAUGACAACAACAUAUAAAUUGGGAGGGGCACUUAAUCACAAGGUUUGGGAUGCUAUAGUAGCAAACCCCUGGACAAAUCAUGGCAAACACAUAUCUGAAAUCCAGUAGCUCUCCGUUUUCACCUUUAUACAAAAUUUGCAUACUGUGAAUCCCAUUCGUGAUCUCACAUUCUCUAAUUCUAAUGAGUUUGCACAUUAGACUUUGUAACAAAAUAUUUUAUUAUACUAAGCCAGAUGAGAAGGAAUGCAGAAAUAUUUUUUAAAGCAAAAAUCACAGCCGUGUGUGUUUAUUAUACAAAAGUAGUUUCAUGGUGACGAGACAGUAUUGUAAAAUCCCAUCAAAAGAGGACAAAAAAAAAUUUAGCCAUAUUUCUGAAUGCACUUCAAAGCAAGCCAAAAGAUAACAGCUAGUGACCUUUUAUAUACUAUUUAUACUUAAUAAGUUUUAAUUUGUCCUUUAAAAAAAGUGAAACAAAACAAAGAACAAGUUCUAGCAAACUAAAGCAACCUCUUAUGUACACUAGAUGCUCGUUUCAGGAGGAGUUUUUAAAUGUUUUCAAUGUUACUAUGUAGUAAAUGGCACUAUUAUGAAGCUAUUAGUCAUUCCAUAAGCGUCUUAAAAGACUGCUCUGUGUAUCACUGUGACUGCCGUGUGUGCUUAGAAACUGUAGUUUUCUCAGUGGAUAGCAAUCAAUUUAUUCCGUAGUGAUAUUGUAAAAAUACUGCCAUUCCCUUCUACUGCACUGCCGAAGGAGUGCAUAGCACAAGCAGUUCUUAUACUAUGGACCAAUUCAGAACUGGAAAGCUAUGCAUAGGACAAGGGCAUCAUAUAGAAAGGAUUGACCACACAGCAUUUUGUCAACACUGUGCAAUAUUUCACAUCACCCCAUUUUGAUGGUGAAUGCUUGUCUAUAACUAAAGCAGCCCAUCAUUUAAUAUUGCAUCAUUUUGCUAUGUCAUAUGUGGGCAUUCCUUUUUCAGCUCAGUUCUCUUUCCUGAAGACUUACUUUACUUUACUUUAUUUAUUUACUCACUCACUCACUCAUUAAUUUCCUUGAGAGACUGUGAAUAUAUUGUAAUAUGUUGGAAGUACUGGUUAUGUUUUCAGUAUCACCCAACACCAACAAUACAGGGACAUGCAUCCUCCUUCCACCAAAGCACCCUUCAGUAGACAAAAUGGAAUUUCCCUAAGAAUGACUUGAUGCAAGGUUGUUGUUGCUUUAAACCUAAAAGGCAUCACCAACCAUUUCUAAAUGAUGAAUUCCCCUUUUUUCAGGGCUGCGCAUCUGAACCUUCACUCCCUAAGAAGUGGAAAAUGUAACUCACAAGCCACAAAUGGUACUUGUGGCAAUGUAAUUCACUUUCUACAUAGCAUCCCAAAAGACAUACUACAUCUAUUGGGUCUUUCUAUUUUCUAUACUAAACAGCAAAAGCAUAACUAAGUCAGAUAAGCUGAGAGGUAUAUAAGCAAAAUCCAAGAAUACCUUUAUAAUCUUACAUUUUUCAAAGGACCAAAUCCCACCAAAGAGAAGAGCUAAACCCAGGCUUGCAGUCUACCAGGACAGACUUACAGCCUCCAGCUUAACUUUCCUUAACUGAAAGGCUUUGCAGGGAGAGAGGAAAAAGGCACAUAAUGAAAUUUACAGGCUCAAGCUGCCAGAAUAGAUUCAUUGUGUUAAGGUAUUCUUAAUGCAUUCUCCUCCUACACUGCCAGACUGAAUAUAUGUCACCACAGAAUUGGUUGGUAAUGUACUAUGGUUCUCAGCAGAUAUCAGACCUAUUUGACCAAGAUGACAUUUUCAUCCUCAAAGAAACCACAUGUACCUUUCUGACAAAGCUGUGUAAAAGUAUUAGAAUCUGAUGCUGUAGAAAGAUCCUAGUUGCCUUUGUGUAUAUUUACUGCCUGCUUGAGUGUUUCUGUGUGAGUUUUUUCUCUGUAUCUUGUAGAAACGUUUGGGGUGUUCUAUCCUGCCAUAUUGCUCGUGGCCCGCGAGCUGACAAAUUUAGCUGUAUUUUACAUUCAGUUUUGAUGAGGUGGUUUAUAUUUUGUUUCACUUUUGUGUAGUGAAUCCCACGGUAGAGUUUUCCAGGUGUCGUUAAAAUAAAACAUACAUACUACACAGAUAUCCAAUAAAAAUGUUUUAUUUCCUGUUGA